AGAGAGAGAGAGAGAGAGAGAGAGAGAGAGAGAGAGGCAGAGCUCCCUAACUCCAGUGAUUCCCAGACUGGCUGGCAGUAAGCUCUGUGCUCUGAUCUGCCUGCUCUGAUGGGGUUUCAUGCCCGUGCAGGCAGUGUUGGGGAUCCUGAAGGCAACACAGGUUCCUGGUGCUGAUCUCGGCCUUUCUAAUUCCUACCUUUUGACCAUAUCAGCCUACACAGAUGAGAGUUUGGACAGCUAAUCUUAACCUACUACCGGUGGCUAAUGGAUCAUCAAAAAGUGACAGUCACUAGAAUCCAAAAAGGAAGUUAAAAGAAGAUUAAAUGCAAGUGGCCCAAGGACAACUGGCAGAUAUGAGAGUGGUACAAGUGUGUGCCCUCCUCUCCCUCCUCUCUUUGUCACAUGCCUGUCCAAAGGAGUGUAGCUGCAACAGCAACACCAAAGUAGUAGACUGCCGGGGUCGAGGCCUAUAUGACAUCCCCCGACGACUGCAUCCGGACACCCAAGAACUUUAUCUCCAAGAUAACCGUAUCAGGGGGCUAGGAUCAAUGGCUUUCCGAGAAAUACCACUUGUCCGAAUUCUCGAUCUAUCUAAUAACUCGAUAACAUCUGUUUCACCGACAGCGCUGCUGGGUCUCAGAACUCUACAGCGCCUCAGCCUAGCCUACAACAGCUUGAGAGAGCUUGACAAGCGAUUGCUUGGGCCUAUCCGCUCGCUUUCACACCUGGACCUCUCACACAACAGCCUGUGGGGUUUGCCUGGGGCCAUGGGGGACAGUUUAAGGAACCUUAGCCACCUGGGGCUAGCAUACAACAGGCUAACAAGAUUGGACCGCUCCCUGUUGGAAGUCCUGACCCGACUGGAUAGCCUCACACUACGAAGCAACCCCUGGAGGUGUGACUGCCAGCUCAUAGGCCUCAAACUCUGGCUGGAGUCCUACCUCUUUAAAGGUGGAGUGGUGGAUGAGGUGCUUUGCUCCCAGCCAGAGGAAAUGAAGGAUAAAGACCUGCAAAAAGUCCCCUACCAGCUCUUCCACGCCUGCAUGACCACGAGCUACCAUUACCUGUUCGCUAACAUACACCACCUGGAGUCGGAGAGGCUACUGCGAGGCCACACCCAUGGCAACCAUGCUCAUCCCUCUAGCCACGCUAUCCAUGUCCCCAUGGCAAUGGGGGAGGGUUUUGGUGGCGGGGGAGGAGGCGGAGGAGGAGGAGGAGGUGGUUUGCCAGAGUGUGAACCUAAGCAAAGGCAUCGGCCUGUCAACUUGCGCCAUGCAAUUGCCACAGUGAUCAUCACCGGCGUAGUGUGUGGGAUUGUGUGUCUGAUGAUGCUGGCUGCAGCAGUGUACGGUUGCGCCUAUGCCGCUAUCAUGGCCAAAUAUCAGCGGGAGCUUAAAAAGAACGAGGAGCUGGCAGCAGCUAAGAGGGCAGAUCAUGCCAUAGCAGAUGAGAAGGAACCACUGGAGAAUGCUAUUGCCUAGGAGGUGAUCACAUGAACCCUGGACUUAAAACCUGGGCCUCAACCCUUUAACCUAAUCCUGAAUGGAUUGAUGUGUGUGCUAGUGCAUGUGU